AUGCAUCUACCACUACUGAAGCUGGUGGCUCUCGCCACGGCGGCGGCUACUGCGGCACGGGAUGGGGCGAACAGCCCCCGUCGUGUGAAGGAGGUUAAGAAUGUCGCUAUUAUUGGUGCCGGUGCUGCCGGCACUUCAGCUGCGUACUACUUGCAAAAGUAUGCAGAGGAAGAAGGUCUGGCUGUCAAUAUCACGGUUUUCGAAAAGGCUGACCAUGUUGGCGGUCGUACCAUCACCGUGAAUGCCUUCAACGACCCCGAGCAGCGCGUGGAACUUGGAGCAUCCAUUUUCAUCGAAGACAACCAUAUUAUGUACAAUGCUACUCGCGACUUCAACUUGUCACUGACGGGGUUGACGGAACGUCAACCUACUGACUACACAGCUAUUUGGGAUGGCAAGACCAUCUUGUUUCGGUCAGAAGCAGGUGCUUCCAAGUGGUGGGAUGCUACGAAGCUGUUUCUGAAGUAUGGCCUGGCGCCCUACAGAGCUGUGCAACUGGUCAAGGGCGCCGUGGGAACUUUUCUUCGGCUUUAUGAGGCGCCGUAUUUCCCGUUUCGGUCGUUGACGCAGAGGGCCUUUGAGCUGGGGUUGUUGCGGUUGACAGGUGUGACGGGCGAGCAGUAUCUGAGAGACCACAAUAUCAACCCAGACUUUGUUCGAGACCUCAUGCAGUCGGCUACACGAGUCAACUAUGCCUCCAACAUGGCCUACAUCCACGGUUUGGAGGCAAUGGUGUCGUUUUCUACAGAGGGUGCUGUCGCCGUUGCUGGAGGUAAUUGGCAAAUCUUUGAGAGGCUGCUUCAGCACAGUGGUGCAGCCUACUAUCCCAACACUUCUGUUGCCACCCUUGCAUUUCAAAAGGGUACCGACAAACCCGGGUCUGCUCCCAAGUAUCUGAUUUCGACGAAAUUGUCUGGUUCGAAGUCAAAAGCCGCCAAGCUGCCCACCGCCUUUGACAAUGUUAUAAUUGCAUCACCCUGGCAGUUCAGCGAUAUCGAAGCUGCCAAGGGAGUAAUCAAACAUCGCAUUGAUACGAUCCCUUAUAUGAAGCUCCACGUCACUCUAUUCACCUCUCCCUUCCUAUUGCAGCCGAGCUUCUUUGACGAGGAAGCUCACGAAGGCCCCGAGGGAGUCGGCCGCACCGGCUUUUAUUCCAUCAGCACCCUACGCACGGUCACAAAUCCCAAGACACAUAGGAAGGAGUUCCUCUACAAGAUUUUCUCAGCCGAGCCGGUCAAUUCAACUUUCCUGUCUGAUAUCCUCGGCACACCAGUCCCCUCUUCCUUUCUCUCCAACGAAACUACGGGCGAAGUAGAGCCCAUCUCAUGGUACUACCCGCACUGGUUUUACUCGUACCCGAUCGAAUCCCCGCGCGUUACAUUCCAGGAUUCCAUCAUCGGUCGGGGCCUUUACUAUACCUCUGGAGUGGAGAGCUUCAUCUCAACCAUGGAGACUAGCGCCCUCAUGGGGAUGAAUGUCGCUCGUCUCAUGGCAGAUGACUUUGCCGGCAUUACCAGGAGCAGAAGAGGCAACAAGGCCACCGCCUCGCAGGACACAAGUCCCAGGACCCCAAGGGAAGACUUUUGGGAUAGUAUGGACAGCGAGAUGGGGGCCAGUAUGAACUUUCCGGGUGCAGAUGAACUUUAG